UGCUGCUGCCUGCGCCAUAUUGGCUGACUUACAUGGGGAGUGGAGUUGGACAAGCUGCCCGAAAUAAAAAAAAACCUACAACCGGUCUCCGGACAUGAAGCACCUCCAGGGUAACAAGUAAAGCAACGCGGCGGUAGGACUCGUCUCGUUUCUCGGGUGCUCAGCGCUUAAUUUGCCGAACAGCUCGCAUUUCAAACCCCGCGAAGAGGUUCUCCGGCCAACUCGAGUCUGAUGGAUCCCAGGACCGCUUGGAUCCAGCCGGAGCAGAAGGGACCUGCCAACUCCCUGUGGAUGCACAUUUGGGAAACCUCUCAGGGAUUUGGAGGCAACUCCGACCUCGACAACCACCUCCACCACCAGCGGAACUUCGCGGCGCAGAAUUCAAACUCCGCGGACUCGAACGGCGAGUAUUGCAAAAAUGUAGCCCCGCUACCGCCGGUGGUUGUGCUCGGGAAACUGCCGAAGCGAGGCGGCGGCGACGGCAGCAGCAGGGGAAGCGUCCGGAGGAAGGGCUCGCUGUCGCCGUCCUCCUCCUCGCUGGACUCGGAGGCCGAGAGCUCGUCGCCCUCCGGCUCCUCUCUGCGGAUCGACAAUUUGAACGUGGCGGAGGAGGCCAGCCGGUUCCUGCACUACGGCGAGCACGAGUUGAACGAGAACAAUCUCCGGCGGCAGUGUCCCCCUCCGCCUUUUCACACCGCUCAGCAGCAGCAGCAGCAGCACCACUGUCGCAGCAUGCAACAGCCGGGCGGCCACACCCCCACCGGCAUGAAGAGUCAGCAUGGGAACAAGCACCACCACCACCAGGCGCAUCCAUCCGGCCGCAGGAGGCACCUGAACCGGGCCAACACUUUCCACGGCAUCAACCCGCUGCUGUGCUACGGACAAUAUGUGGACUCGUCCUGCAGCCUGUGGAAAACCAGGCGCUACAGCCCGGGCGUUAAUGGUCUGCAUGAAGAGAUCAUGGACUUCUUCAACUUCAUGUCUCCACGACCAGAGGAGGAGGCCAUGAGGAGAGAUGUCGUGAACAGGAUAGAAAAUGUCAUCAAGGACUUGUGGCCCACAGCGCGGGUGGAGAUUUUUGGCAGCUUCAGCACAGGGCUUUAUCUUCCCACAAGUGACAUUGACCUGGUGGUGUUUGGAAAGUGGGAUCAUCCUCCGCUGCAGGAACUGGAACAAGCUCUGAAGAAACACAAUGUGUCCGGCCCAUAUCCCAUCAAGGUCCUUGACAAAGCUACAGUGCCAAUCAUCAAGCUCACUGACCACGAGACAGAAGUGAAAGUGGACAUCAGCUUCAAUGUAGAAACUGCUGUGAAAGCAGCACAGUUCAUUAAAAGCUACCUGAAGAAGUACACUGUUCUGCCACCGCUGAUCUUCGUCUUGAAGCAGUUCCUACUGCAGAGAGAUCUGAAUGAAGUCUUCACUGGAGGCAUCAGCUCGUACAGCCUUAUCCUAAUGGCCAUCAGCUUCCUGCAGUUACAUCCUAGGAUCGACACGCGUCGUGCCAACAUCAACCUGGGCAUCCUGCUUAUCGAGUUCUUUGAGCUGUACGGCCGCGAUUUCAACUACAUCAAAACCGGCAUCAGGGUGAAGACAGGAGGGGCCUACCUGUCCAAGGAAGAAAUGCUGAAAGCCAUGGGCAACGGAAACCGGCCGUCCAUGCUCUGCAUAGAAGAUCCAAUACAGCCAGGAAACGACGUUGGCAGGAGUUCCUAUGGCGUCCUUCAGGUGAAGCAGGUGUUUGACUUUGCCUACAUGGUGCUGAGUCAUGGAGUUUCUCCUCUCGCUCGUGCUUACCCCAACAAAGAGUAUGACAGCACUUUAGGACGCAUUAUCAAAGUCAGCCCAGAGGUGUUGGUCUACAGGGACUGGACGAUCAAGAAGUGGGGAGCUAAGCAGUACGCCAAGUUGGAAAACCAUGAUAUAGAGACCUGUGAGCAGGACCUUGCCAGGCUGAUGCUAGUUUCUGUGGAGGAUCAGAGGGACAGUUCCUCCCCCCUCAGUGCUGACUCCCCCUCACCCUCUCCAGUCUUCCUCCCCAGCCCUCAGCACCAUUCGUCUUCAUCCUCUGCAUGCUCGCUCUCCUCCUCCUCCGGAAGUGACAUAGAAUCUGACUCACCUCCAUGCAGCAAUGCUGCUAUCCAUCUACACCCUCUCACCCUGCCCUCACUCCAUCCAGUAAUCCAGAUCACCACUGACCUGAGGGCCACACACCCAGCAGGCUUUAUCCACGCCACGCCCCAGGUCCAGAUGUCCCUCCCUGAAAGUCUAACCAUCCCUACCCUCUCCGAUUGCCAGUUCUACCAUGAGAAUCUGCCUUCGAUCAGCGUUGUGCACCGACACGCGUCACAAGCUGCACAGGUCUCCCAGCACGUCAACUCUACAAGCCCUCUCCCCAGCCCCCUCCACCGGCUCCACCACCCUCAGGUCGGAGGGCAGCAGAGCCAUACUUACACCUUGAGAUCCAAUUCCCAAGGCUCCAUCGAGCCGCACAAAUUCAGCUUCAAGCACAACCAAGGUGGAAGCCUGCGGAGCCAAAACCACUCUCAAGCCAACUUCAGCCCCCAGCAGCGGUUUGUUCCCCAGGGUCACAACACGACACCGUGCUUCAGGAACCAGCAGCAGUACAACAGAAACACCUGGCGGCGCAGGAAGAGGGAAGAUCUCCCUGCUCUCAACCAAAGUAGAUGAAAGACUUGGAAGGUGCAGGAUGUGACAUCGCUCUCAUUAGGCCUUUCUCAGCCCAUCAUGAAUCUUUGAGUUGAGAAGCCAUGAAUGAUUCAAGAGGCCUAUUUUGAUGUUGUCAGUGGCUCUCAAAAAUGCACCAACCUCAUGCUGGAAUUCCCAAGUUAAAGCGAGUUUUACCCAUGGUGUUAAACGACCGAUCUCUGCUCACACUGAGUGAUGCUACAGGGCUCUUUCAGGUGAAGGCUGACUGUAAAACUCUUACCUGUGGUCAUUUUGUCACUUUGGUCUGAUGGUAGUCAGAUCCCUUCCUCUAAAUUUGAUGCACACCAGCACAGAUGUUUUGAACAAGGAAUUACUGUUUCCCCAGACAGUCUCCAUGCAACCUGAACAUCUCUGAGCAUCUCGUGCCAUAGUACUGAACUGGUUCGUCAAACCCGAUCUCUCUCUGUCUCUGUCUCUGUCUCUCUCUCUCUCGCUCUCUCUCGCUCUCUCUCUCUCUCUCGAAGAUUUUGCUCCUUUUCGAUGGAUGAUUCGGGCUCAUUUCGUCUCCUGAAUGGAACUCCCUAUUAGCACGCUCUCGAUUCAGAGCUCUUACGGCUUUGACUAUCAUCUGUGAAUUGUACUCUGGACUGAAGUGAAGCACUACCUUUCUACCUAUGCAGCGCAACGCUGACUUGAUGUUUUUCGGUGUGACGGCACAAAACCGGACCUUGUCUCAAGUGCUUAAACUGUGAUGACUUGUUUGAAUGUACUAAGUGUUUCUUUUUUGUGUGUGUUGGUCAUAAUCUUAUGUUCUUGUCACAAAGGGAUUUUUUUGUUCACGUUGGCACUAUGAUGUUUUUGUACUGUAAACAUUGCCACCUUAUUUUAAGUUUAUUUGCAUUAAUAUGCAAUAAUGACUUUUUUAUUUAAUUUAUUUCACAUUUUAGUUUUAUUUUAGGGGUUCUCCCCCACUAUACAUUUGCUUAUUUUGAUUCUAGACUACAUCGAUCUGUGCAAUAGAUGGAAUUAAGGGCCUUGAAGGAAUGUGUGUGUGUGUGUGUGCGCGUGAGUGUGUGUGUGUGUGUACAGCUUUCUAGCAGAAGGGGGAGCUGUGGUAUAACAACAUGAGAAAUGUGCCAAAAAUCCCAUGAUGCCAACAUUUUAUUCAUGUUUAAUUUACGAUUGCAUUAUUAUCACUUGAACUUUAGACAACUGCCUGUCCAAAUGUUUUCCCACCACCAUUUCUCAUUUUAAACAUCACUUUUCAUUGUGGGUGCAUUUCCUCUUGAAUAGACUGUAGACUGUGCUGAGGAAAUACACCUUCAGCAGUGUUCACUCAUGCCAUUUUUAAAAAAUUUAGUUUUCAAGAACAGUUGGUGCUACUUAUUACCAGCAAAAUGCUUGUUUUCUGCCUUAUGUCUCCUUUGAUUCUGCCUUCGUAAAAAUGACCAAAUUUGCCCUUUCCCCCCAUGGCUGUAGUCGCAGCUUUCUAUCCUCGCCUCUACAUGCACUGUCAGGGUUUAUUUGGUUUUACUUUUUACAUGCAGCUUCUAGGUGUAUGCUCCAGGAGCAGACUCUGCAGUCAGUGAUUGCUAGCAUUAGCAUCAUGUCACAUCUUGUCUUUUUUUAAAUUCCAAACCGGUUGUGUAUAAGGUCCUUACAUGUCGGGGGUUUCUUCUCCGUAUUUAAAGUCUAUCUCUAAAAACAAGGUUUCAAAGCUACUUAUUUUACACAGCAAUCCGUACAAGGACUUGAGCUCGGGAUGUCACAGCUUCACCGUUAACCGGAGUUUUGGUAGAGCCAUUAACAAAAGCCAAACUUUGAAGUCACGUGGUACAAAAGUCUGAAUAUUAGUAUUGUAACACCCUGGGAACCAAACUUAUGGAUUCGACAUGAUACUGCAAGCACUAUGCCCUUAGUAUUUCAGUGUGGCUUUUCAACAAGCCGUCUUAAAGGGUAAAUCGAUGGGUCGUUUAAUCUCUUUUGCCACAAACCAAAUCCCCAGCUCAUCUGUGUAACUAAGAAUCUGUAAUUGACUGACAUAUAUAGAUGUAUACCUUGUUUUUUUUAUGUAAGUUUUUCUAUUUUUUUAAUAAACAUUUUAAAACUCCA